CAUUCCCACUGCACAUACAGGAGAUGCAUUCAAGAAGUAUUGCAUGGGUUUUUCCUCACUUACUUUAGGUACUUUUGUGUAACUUUCUUUACUUUUUCUCACUUGAUCUUGUCAGGGACACCUUUAAAAAAAGAAGAAGAAAAAAAAUGUCUGUGAUGGAGGGUGCUCAAGUGGACUCAAAAUCAAAAGCUACUGACACUGUGCAGGAAAACCCAGAACAUGAGUCGAUCCUCAACAUAAUGAAUUACGCACAGCGUGGACGAAUGGAAGAUCAGUGUUGCUCUUUGAAUCCUGUUAAAACUGGACAACUUAAAACCACACCUGCAGGUUCAAACUACGAUGGGAAACACUGUGAUGAACUGUCAAUGCUAGGAUUGAACUACCAGGGUAAUAAACAUCACGGCUCUGCACCUCAGAUUUCUGUGACAGAGAGUACUCCGGAUACACACAGGAAGCAUCUGCUGGUACUAGACAACAAAUUACAGGACGAAUUAUCUGAUGAGCAACAGAUAAUUCUGAUCAGCCAUAGUCAGCGUGGAAACGUGGACGACCAGCGCCGUUCCUUAGAUUCUAGCAAGAGUGCUCCCUGCACACCGAAACACGCAGACAAAAAGCCUGUGAUGAGUACCUCAAACACAGAUCUAGAUUCUGAAAAGUUAUUCAACCUCUUGGCCAACACUCGGAGCCAACGGCUCGACGACCAGCAAGUGUCUCUUCCACCAUUAUCAGGAUUAAAAAAGGAAAAUGCCACAUCCGCAGGAGAAGAUUCAAGCCACUUGUGUGACAUGGUCUCUAAAGUCCAGGGUUCCAGAAUGGAAGAGCAAAGGUGCUCUCUACCUCAACUCCAAACCCCGGCAACCCAGCUUUUGCCAAAGAAGGAUCUGUCUGCCGGUUCAGGCCCUCCGCGUUCAGCCUCAUUCAGCCCUGGCUCAGACUUCGAACAAUCAAAGGCGAAAGAUACAGCGUCUCAAAAAACGGACUUGAAUCCAUCUGAACAGGAAGAUUUUUUCUCCUUUAUGGAUCAUUCCCAGCGUGGGCGAAUGGAUGACCAGCGAUGUGUCUUAAAUAGUCCCCAGUCCACACCCAAACACAAACCCAGUCAGAGCACUGUGCCCAACGGUCCAGAUUCUGAAAAGUUCUUCAGCCUGCUGGCCAACUCUCAGGGCCGACGGCUGGAUGACCAGCAGGUCUCUCUUCCUUCGUUGCCAGGGAUACAGAAUGGAGGUACCACAUCAACUGCUUCAGAGAGGGAUGCAAGCUACUUGUGUUCCAUGGUCUCCAAAGUCCAGGGCUCAAGGAUGGAUGAACAGAGAUGUCAGGCACCCCAACUUUCCCCAAAUCGGAGUACCCCAUCUACUCAAUUUAAAGAGCAUCCCAGUCCAGAUGCAUCAAAUAAAACUCCCCUAAGGUCUCCCUCCGUGAGCAGUGACAAAUCUGACCAACAUCUGCAGGAGGCGUCUCCAGCUGACCAGGACAAGUUCUUUAAUAUGAUGAGUCAUGCACAAGGUGGACGUAUGGAUGAGCAACGUUGCUCUUUACAACCCAGCAGAAGUACACCGGCAACUCCCAAACACAAUGGAAGUGCUGUAAAUAGUGUACCCACAGACGCAGACGCUGAUGCAUUCUUCAAAAUCAUUGCCUCCAGUCGGGGAGGACGGCAAGACGAUCAGCGUGUUGCGCUCCCUACCCUCCCAGGGAAAUGUGGGAAUUCUGAAAAAAAUGAAAAUGGUAGAAAUACAAAGCCUGGAAUCCCAGCUUCUCCACGACACAUCACCGCACCUGAAAUUACCCCAACAACAUCAACUAACAGGUGUAACUCAUCGUGCCAGACGGAUGAGGCAGGGCCCGGCUCCCCCAGAGCUCUACCCAAAUCUGCUUCAUUUACCCCUGUCACAGAACAUCAGCAAAAGCUCAAUUCUGCAGCACAGGUGACAAUUAGAGUGUCCAUGCGCUUCACACCAGAGCAGGGACUGAAGAAUUCCAACCAAGCAUGUAUGUUCCCUGACGUCUUCCUCAGUCUCGGAGCCCCUUACGAUAACCAUGUGAUUCCUCUGAGUCCAGGACAGAGCAGGCCCAUGUCCUUUAACCUAAACGUUAUGCCAAAAGAAGAUUCCAGGCAGUGCUCUCCAAGCCAUGCCAGUCCCAGAAACGCCCACUCAAGGCCGCCGUCUCCCAACUACCAUAAACAGGGGAGCAUGAACAGCCCCAUCACUCCAGAUGAAGACUGCUUCUCUCUGAUUGAGAAGGUUCACACAGCUCAGCUGCAGAAGAGUUUGGCUCAAGACGGACAUAAACUGAAAGGGGAUCCUGGAAAGGGGAGGGAACAUGCAGGGCAAGGAAAGGGAAAGACGAGUGGAAAGAAAGAUAAGAAGGAUGGUGGCAAUAAAUAAUAGUCAUGUAUACCACUUUGUGAAUUAUCUUUUGCGGAAAGCAAUAGAGAUGAAUGUAAGGUGUCAGUCAUUGGCUUGGAAAAUAAUUGAUUGAAUAAUGUUUAUAAAAUUGUAUCCGUAGUUUUCAUUUGCCCACACUAACUAAAAGCUCUUACUGUCGUACAACUAAAGUGUAUUGUUUUUACUGUUUAACUGGGUAGCUUAUUUGUUGAGGCGUUUGAGUCUGAUCUGAUUUUGCUGGUUAAAUGUUAUGUAUACAUGUACACAUGGUGUAUUUGUUUUAAAGCUUAGUGGUGUGGGUAAGAACUCUUUGCUUUGCUUUUUCAAAUGUAAAUUCAAUGUUUGCAGUAUAAGAUAAUGUAGUUUCAGCUGCUUAUCCAAAAAUAGCUAGGUUGCAAUUAAAACCAUUAUUCUGCCAAUCAAUAAAAACUCAAAUUAAACCUGAA